AUGGAGGCGUCGCCAGCGGACGGGCCAGUGUAUACACCAACGACCUGCGGCUUGGAAGAGAGCCACGUCAUCUACCUCAACCAGAACCGGCUCACGUGCGCAGAUGUGCUGGCAACCACGGUCACGGUCGAGAAGCUGCUCGUGCCCCAGACGAGCCUCCAGGAGCUCGGCGCACGGCAGCAGAGCACGAAGAAGCUCAAAUUGCCACCGCCAGCCGCGCCCAUGACACUGCCCGUGCCCCGGAAACGCAUGAACAAGAUCCUUAUGGACGAGCGGGACGCCUUCCUGGAGCAACUCGCCGCCGACCGCGACACCCGCGCGGCGCGCGAACACUGGGCGAGCACCCGCAUCCAAGCCAUUUUUCGCGGGUACCGCCACCGACCGCGGCCGCUCAACGGCUACGAGCGCAAGCGACGCACGAACGUCACGGUCGCCAUUCGACGCGACCUUCAAGACAUGCAGCGCAUCUUGGUCCACACUCCGUCCGCGACGCUCAGCGACGGGGGCAGCAGCCUUCCGACAUGGCGGCGGGACGUGCAUGCACACGCCAUGAGCAAGCGCGAAGCCAAGCACCGGCGCGACCGCUUGGCCAGCGCCGCGACCACGAUUCAAGCAUGCGUCAAGCGGUUCUUAGCGCGCGUUGGCUACGGCCACCUCGUCUCUCGGCGCCUGGACGAAAUCGUCUUGGUCUCUGCCAUCGUCAUUCAGGCCGCGUUUCGGGGCUACGUAGUGCGACGGCAAAUGGCGCUGCAGCUCGUGGCGCUGCAGUCGAUUUCGAUUGUUCGUAUUCAGGCUCUUGUGCGGGGUAUUUUGACACGGGAGCGCGUCGCCUUGCUUCGCAUGGAGCGGAACAUAGCCUUGUACCAGCAACAGCAGCAGCAACAGCGCAGCGGACCGCCGCAUCUACCACAGCACGCAGACGGCGACGAUGCGAGUCGUCGCCUUCGACAAGCCCACGCUUUGGUGCACGUCCAUCGCAUCUCGAACGGACGUCUCAGCAUUCGGCGCAAGUCGCUCGAGCUGCGUGACAAUGGCUUUGAGGCACACAUCGUGCACGUCAAGGCUCCUCUCUGGUCGGGUCUCCGAACCGCCGAGAAGACGAGUCUGGUACCGAGUCGCACGCGCCGCCGACGGGCCCACUCGGUCGUAUUGCACAACCUCAAAGACAUUCCCGUGCCACUGCUGGUGGAGGCGCCCGCGGCCACUGUGGUGGUCGCACCCCUCGCCAUUGAGCGGCUCGUCAACGCGUCCGUGACCCUCGACUUGCUGCAUCAAGCAGCCACCAAAGUCCAAGCGACCGCUCGCGGCUACCUCGUGCGGCACAAGCCCAUGCGCGACGUUAGCGGGGACGGACCGCUCUAUCGCGAAGUCACGUCGUACCAUAUGUACGCCGAGGAGCUCGUCAAGCCAAAGCCGACCAAGGCGCCCGUGCGAAAACCGCAGGGCGCCGUGAGCGAGAUCCAACGCCUUGGCGACGCCCGGCCCCACAUCCACCUGCGCCCCAAGUCGGCGCACCGGUUCUGA